AUGGCACCAACAGCAACAAAGAAACAACAACAAAAUAAUGCUAAUAAUAAUAAUAAAAACAAGAGACCUGUAGAAACAACACCAACUAUUAAUAAGGUUAAAAAGGUUAAAUCAUCAAAUACAUCUACAUCUACAUCUACAAAAACUACAACAUUUGAUCAAAUACCAAAGAUUCAAAAUAAUUUAGAGAUUAUUAAAGAUAUCAUUGAUCAAUAUUUUGAAUCAUCACAACAACAAUCAAUUUCUAUUACAAAAGAUAUUGAAUCAACCAUAGUACAAUUAUUACAUCAUAAUCAAUGUUUAUGUAAAGUAUUAAAUGUAAAGGAGAAUAACAAGAUUGCAUUGAAAUGGGUUCAAUCGAUUGCAUCGAUGAUUCGUAACAAGGAAGACAAGAACGUUUCGUUGUUUGGUUUGACCAUGUUGGUAGAGACCAUUCGUAUUGCAAACUAUGAACUCAUGGUGGAAUACCAAAACCAAUGGUGUACAUUGUUGACCGAAGCAGCUACCGAUGCCACUCGUAAAGGUACUGCUGCCGCUGACAAGUACCAACUUGUUAUGGUUGCCAUGUCACUCUUGGUUGACAAGUCUGCCCUAUGGAAUGAUACACGUCGUUCAAUCACCUCCAACAAUACCAUCAACUCUUUUAUUACUUCUGCAACUGCUCCAUUUACCAAUACAACAAACGCAACAAAUACAACUAAUACUACUUCAUCAUCAAAUGCUGAAAAACUAUCAGGAGUGUUGGCAAUUUGUUCAUUUAUUGAUUCAUUGGAUGCAUCGAUUAAACCAUUUGUAGGACGUCUUGAAGUGAUUGCCUAUUCUUUGUUGUUUGGUUCGGACUCACAAUUGUCAGAGGCUGCUACAUCGCUCAUCUCACGUCUGCCAAAAUGUAUUGGUGUGUCGGCUGCCGAUAUUUACUGGGGUGUCUCUUUGAACAAGAUUAUCACUUCGAUGGAUGUGUCGGUCGAUCGUCUAUUCAAGGGUAUUCCAUCGGACAAGAGUAACCUCGUCCAGUCACGUGUCGUCCUCCUCCCCAAGAACGCUGCCACCGGUGCCAUCGAGGGUAACGAUCAACUCAACGCUCAUCUCACCCAUCUCAUCAACAUUGCCACGCCAGCACUCCCAACCACCCCCUCUCAAAUAACCGAACAAGAAACAAGAUCAUUCCAAAACCUCACCUCUUGUCUAUCAAGUAUUCUCACCACCUCUACUUUGACAGCUUGUCAACUUCCAAUUGACCGUAUCAUCAAAUUAAUCUCGCGUAUCUUAAAUAUCGGGUUUACUCAAAUCUCUUCAAAUCCUUACAAUGACUUUACAUUAAUUCAACAAGUAUCGAUUAUAACUAAAUUACAUUGUUCAAGUUAUCAAUUAUUAUCUAUUUUAUUCAAGGUAUUGAGAAAGGCAAUGGUACCAUUUAUCAAGACAUUGUCAUCUACAUUGUUGAGACCACUACGUGUCAUGGAAUCAUACACCAAUCUCAAGAUUCAAAAGGAUUUGUUUGAAACGAUCAAAGACGCGAUUGAAGCAAUCGGAGCCAGUUGCAGCGACAGUCUUGCCGUCCCCUUGGUACCCAUCCUCUUGAAACAAAUCCUUCCAUACAUCCCUGAACAACAACAAGCAGCCAUCCAAGAGAAAAAAACUAAAAAGAAGGGUGCUCAACCCGAGGCUCAAAUGACUGGUCCCGCCCAACAACAAACCGUAGGAAAUGUAGAUGCCACCAAGAUUCAUGAUGGAUCUGACCACCAACUUCGUGUGUCUGCCCUCCAAGUACUCGAAUCUCUCCUCAUCAAUGCCGGUUCCUUAUUGGGUAGCAGUGUUCGUACACAAAUCGAUAGUACCAUUGUCUCACUCGUCAUGCAUUGUCAAACUCUACUUGUCAAGAAACUCAUCUUUGUCAAUAGUUCUUACCAAUGUGAUACCUAUCGUUCACUGUUGUACAGUUGUAUGCUCCAACUUGCUAUCAAGCCAAUCAGUGGUAUUCCACCUGUCCUCCCAUACACCAUCCGUCUCAUGUCCAAUGGUGCCAGUACCGACAACUCUCCACAAGUCCGUUCAACUUGUAUCCAAGGUGUCUCUAUCUGUGAAUCAAUCAUCCAUCCACAAUGUCCAAAUCUUCAAGCUCCAACCAUCCAUUCAAAUCUAUCAUCUUUAAAGAAAUCAAUUAAUCAAUAUCAAUUAGAAAAUAACAACAGUAAUAAUAAUAAUAAUCAUUUUUUUAAUCAACAACAACAAGAACAAGAAAUAGAUCAAGUUGAACAAGAUGAACAAGAAUCAGGAUCAGAUGAAGAAUCAGGAUCUGUAUCAGAUGAUGAUGAAAAAUUAGAUAUCUCUUUAAAUGAUAUAGAUGAUGAAGAUGAAGAAGAUGAAGAAGAAGAAGAAGAGACAAUUAUUUCGACCACCAGUAAAACAACAACAACAACAACCUCUGGAAUGAAGAGUGGAUUAUUUAAUGAUUUAAGUUUUAAUUCCGCCACCUCUGCUUCUUCAAAAAAUAAUAAUAAUAAGAAACAACAACAACAACAACAAGACAUAAGUGAAGAUGAAGAUGAAGAUCUUGACUUUGACAUUGUUGAUGAAUCACCAUCUGAAGAUGAAAAUUAA